GCUCUUAUAAAGCGAGUCGGUGCCCCGCUUCGCCUGCUGAGGCUUCCAAGCACUUGUUGGGCAUUCGCACGAUCAAAAUGGCACCGCUGACCGUGGCUGCCCUGCUGCUCGGGACCAUCCUCAUCGCCGCCGCUACGGACCCGGCGCUCGAUCCGCACUGGGGCGCCUGGCAGGACUUGCACGGCAAGAGCUACGAGCAGGCAGAGGAGGGCCGGCGUCGCCUCGUGUGGGAGCACAACCUAAAGAUGAUCGACCGGCACAACCUGGAGGAGGCCCUCGGCAAGCACUCCUACACGCUGGCCAUGAACCAUUUCGGGGACAUGACGGAGGAGGAGUUUGUGCAAACGAUGACGCGGCCCAUGCUCGUGAACGAGACGGAGGUCGCGGCGGAGUUCGUGACCUUCGAGCCGCCCCCAAACUUCACGGCGCCCAGCAGCGUGGACUGGCGCAAGACGGGCGCCGUCACGCACGUCAAAAACCAGGGCAGCUGCGGCUCGUGCUGGGCCUUCAGCUCCACGGGCGCCCUGGAGGGGCAGUGGAAGAUCCGCAGGGGCCCCCUCGUGUCGCUCAGCGAGCAGAACCUCGUCGACUGCGCCCGCGUCGGCAACUACGGCUGCCGCGGGGGGUUCAUGAUCAACGCCUUCAAGUACAUCCACCAGAACCGCGGCAUCGCGUACGAGCGCAGCUACCCCUACAUAGGGCAGGACAACCAGCCGUGCCGCUACGACCCCCGCAGCCGCGGGGCCUACCUCACGUCGUACGGGCGCAUCCAGAAGAACAGCGAGGCCGGCCUGCAACAGGCGGUCGCGAGCGUGGGGCCGGUGGCCGUGGGGAUGGAUGCCGGCCGCAGGUCCUUCCAGUUCUAUAGAAACGGUGUUUACUACGACCCGGGGUGCAGCCGCACCAGGAUCAACCACGCCAUGCUCGCGGUCGGCUACGACAAGGAGGGAGGUCACGAGUACUGGAUCGUCAAGAACAGCUGGAGCAAUCGGUGGGGAGACGGAGGCUACAUUAAAAUGGCCAAGCAUCGGAACAACAACUGUGGAAUCUCCAACUACGCCUGCUACCCAAUCGUGUGACCUCCACAGCAGAGGAGGCCGCACGCUCGCACGCACGCACACACUCACUCACACACAGACAAAGGUCCCCCGUGUAGCCUUAACAUAAUGUUGGGGCAAGUGCUGUUAGCGUAGCACCUACGAAGGCCGGCACUGUGGCACACGAGGGGGUGGGUGGCCAGCACCACGCCCGGCCGCCUUUGUCUCCCCAGUGGCGACGCUUACGCAGCGCACCAGGUCCUCAUUUGAGGCUGAGUCGACCUAGGGGGGAGGCCCAAGACCGGUUCAGAUCGUCGUUCUUAGUUGCUGUCCACUCUCCUCUCUGCGUCUUCGCGAGUUCAGCCGCGCCUCCCUCUCGCCCCUCGCUCGCGGGAGUGCGGUGGGAGGCGCGUGUGACUUGCUCUGCGUGUUGUGCGUGACUGUGUGUGAUUGUGCGUGCAUGACUCUGUGUGCGUGAAUGUGUGUGCGUGUGCGUGACUGUGCGUGCGUGACUGUGGGGAGCGGUGGUGCAGCGGUUACGAACCCGGCGACCCGAGUACAAUUCCCGCUCACGGCCAAAACCGGUAGGGUUAAGGGACUAACACCGACCGACCAGCCACCAGUACGAACUUUGACCCCAAACCCUAACCAACUAACCAGCUGACUCACCAGCCACCGGUACGAGUUUUAACCCCUAACCCUAACCGAUUAGCCAGCUGACUAACCAACCACCAGUACGAGCUUUGACCCCUGACCCUAACCGAUUAGCCAGCUGACUAACCAACCACCAGUACGAUCUUUGACCCCUGACCCUAACCGAUUAGCCAGCUGACCCACCAGCCACCGGUACGAGCUUUGACCCCUGACCCUAACUACCUAGCCAGCUGACCCACCAGCCACCAGUAUGAGCUUUACCCCCCUGACCAACUCGCCAACCAUCCCCUUGUGUCAGCUCUUCCCAUAACCAGAACUGGCCAACCAGGAAAAACACCCGAGAUCAAACGAAUACGAGCAGAACUCCGCUCUGUGUCACCGCAUACGAUGAUUAUUAAACAAACAAUGAACAGGAUAAUAGUUUUUUUUUUUACCCUUUUAUCUGGCAACAAAACUGACACCUUUUUUACAAGGAGUCAUGUUUGCAUAGACCACAAUACCUGCAGUCGUAAUGCAAACAAAAAACACAACUCUGAUAAUGUAUGCACUGUCCUUGAAAUUGAUUGGUCCACACCCGAGACAGCUUUUCUUAGAGCCUAGUCUCACAUCGUGUUGGAUCAGAUGACGCCAAAAGGUGCACAAGAAGUCCAACGUACACACGUGAAGGGUAGGGGUUCGAGUCUAGGGUAAUGGCUUCGGGGUUAGAGUUCAGAUUUUUGGGAUGGAGAUUAUGGUCACGGGUUGAGGCUCGGAGUUAUGGGUCAGGGUUAUGUCCUAGAGUUUAAGGUUAGGAGUUAAGGUAACAGGAGUUAAAGGAUUUAGGGUGCGGUGUAUGGGUUAGAGUCUAGGGUUAGGGGUUAGAGUCAUGGGGGCAGGAGCCUCAUCUCUUUGUUAUCGUUCUAGAUUUGAAGCUUUCGUGACUGCAAGGAUUCAUAUUCUUAGGGGUUUUUUUUCGGUAAAGUCACGUGGGUAAAAAAAUUAAAAUUAAUAAAAGUUAAAUAAAAUAAAAAUCACAAAAAUCACGACGUUUCGGAGGCAACACUUGAUACAGCUAUCGUGCUGUGACGGUUCCACCUGAAGACGGAAGCUUGUGUUGCCUCCGAAACGUCGUGAUUUUUGUGAUUCUUUGUUAUCGCUUCCGCUCUGCACGAUCCUCAGUGGAAGUCUUUAGCUUUCUACACACCUCAGAUCUUAACGAAUCAAAUGCGCACAAUGAUUGUUUUUUAAUAUAUAUAGCUGCGGCUUGCACUGUGAUUUUAAAGAUGCAAUGUUCAAUAAAGGGACGUUUUAACAUCAUUUGUUUACACACCACUGAGAAGAUUGUGCUGUUGUUGUUCUGUGCUGUGAUGUAAGGCGCGUUGACAAGCUAUUGUGGCAUUGAGUGCCAUGCAAAUGCAAUUCCGAAUCCCUUACAUGGCGGUCGAUGUUUCCCGAUCGAUAACACAGAGGGCACGUGGCAGCAUACGAGCGUU